GUUACCGUCUUUUCUUCCAUUAUUGGUUGUCGAUCUAUUUUUAACCCAUCAGCUGCCCUUCUAGGCUUUCUUCCCCCCUUGAUUUGCAUCCGAUUUCCCCUCUCUCUACGCAGUACGGAGUACUACGGAGUACAUUGUCCUUCCUUGCUGGUCGCGGCUGGCCCGCUGCUUAUCCCGUCGCGGCGUAUCAGGGUUCGGCUGGCGGUACGGGAUGAGUGGAGAGGAGGAGCCCUUGUAGAAAUAUAAGUGGAAAUCUCAAUACCGGACGGAACUCGAGAACUCGGCGCUGAAAUCACCCCUAAAACUAAUAGGGGUUGCACGCCUAAUUGGUCCGCUGGAACUGUAGGCGUUCCCCCCGGAGCCAGCCCCCCCACCUGUACCAUCGUUACCAUUUAUAUUUCUAUAGUCCGUAUACUUAUAAAACUUACGAGUUGACUGCCCGCCCUGCCCUGCCUUUACAUCUCCAUCCGCGCCUGACCCGUUCCAGCAUAGUUUUAUAUCUGAACGGUUUACUCCCUACCCGCCAGGCGAAUACGAACUCCUUUGAUUCCUGGCUUUGAAAUCAAGGACAUCGAUACCAGCAAGGCCAGAUAUUCUCUACCUAUCUUCGAACGAAAACUCCAAAGAGAGACAGACAAUACAUAAAUAUCGAACAAACGGCGAAACAGUUAAAAUCCAACCACCGCCAGGAACUUUCCGAUUGGGCUAUUGUUAUGUAUGCCUAAGUAUUUCUCUCGAAUCAUUUCAUAAAAUGGCGGCCAAUAAAUAUGCAAUUGGGUCACUUAUCCCGAAACUUUCCUACAACCAGCACCACCAAGAACAAGACACCACCACCACCACCACGACGAAAAUCAAAUACCCCAAACACAAGCCCAAUGAAGCCAAGAAAGCGAAGAAUGGACUCCUUCCAAAGCAGCCUCCUGUUGAUCUGUCCCAUCACUUCUCCGUUGCGGCGAAAAAUCGGAUGGGAAGCGACGUAAAGAAGUUCUACAAGUACUUUGCGAUACCGGGCAUCCAUAACCUAGCAGGAGGACUUCCCAAUUCCUCAUAUUUCCCAUAUGAUACCCUGGAGGCCACCGUCGCGCUUCCAACUCGAAUCAACCCACCCGCCUCCACCAACCCAGUCACUACGCAGGUUGAAGAGGACGAGAUCCUAUUGUUAUCAACCCCACCCCCAACAGCCCGACUCACCAUCCCAAAAGAAAGCAACAACUCCAACUCCGCAACCCGAAUCGACCUUGCCACAGCCCUGCAAUAUGGCACCGCACAAGGCUACCCACCCCUCCUCUCCUUCAUCCGCCAAUUCGUCCGCGAAAAUCUGCACCCAAAUGUCCCCUACUCAGACGGACCAGAAGUGAUUCUCACAUGCGGUGCCACAGACGGCUUCUCCAAGACCAUCGAGGCACUGACGAAUGUCUGGGAUAAGGACCGUGAUUGGGCUAGAGAUAGAGAAUGUAUCCUGUGCGAGGAAUUUGUGUAUAUGAACGCCAUACAGACUGUGAGGCCGCGGGGUAUCAAUGUCGUGACUGUAGCUAUGGAUUCGGAUGGGAUGAUGGUAGAUGGGGAGCGCGGGUUGAAGAGUAUUCUUGAAAAUUGGGAUUUUAGUCGUGGGAAGAGGCCGCAUUUGAUGUAUACGGUGACAAUCGGACAGAACCCAACCGGCGCCGUCCUCCCUGUCCCAAGACGCAGGGAGCUCUACGCCCUCUGCCAGAAAUACGACAUCAUUAUCAUCGAAGACGACCCGUAUUGGCACCUCCAAUACCCCUCCGCUGCUCACGAGCUCGAAGCACACUUCCGCGGCUGCGGCAGCAGCAGCAACGCUCUCAAUCCUCACCCCACUACACCCAACUACAAUGCCCACGGCAAACCAUCCGGCUACCAUUUCCUCGACUCCCUUGUCCCCUCCUACCUCUCUAUAGACACAGACGGCCGCGUGGUCCGCCUCGACACGUUUUCCAAAAGCAUCGCGCCCGGCUGUCGACUAGGCUGGCUUACGGCGCAGCCGAAGGUUGUAGAGCGGAUUCUGUAUAUUACGGAGACGAGCACGCAGCAGCCAUCUGGGUUCGUGCAGGCGAUGGUUGCGGGGUUGAUUGUGGGUGGUGGUAGUGCAGGGAGUGAGGAAAAGCUUGGCGAGUUUAGUGAGGAGAAAUGUACUGGUGGUGGUGGGAGGCAGUCUGUCAGCUGGAAGACGGAUGGAUGGGUGCGGUGGCUGGAAGGGUUGCGGGCUGGUUACGAAUGGCGCAUGCGUACUAUGUGCACGAUUUUGGAGGAAGGGAGGUCGAUUAUCGAGCACUCUCCCCCCACCGACACUUCUGCACGCUACAGCGAUAACUACAUUGAUGAGGAUAAUGACGAUGACGACGACGACGAUGACGACUGGCAACUCCUCCACAAAACCCCACUAUACACCUUCCAAUUCCCCCGCGGCGGCAUGUUCGUCUGGGUGCGCAUGUGUUUCGAGACACACCCUCUCUGGUCCCGCGGCGAUAUAUCUACUAAACGACUAUCCACCGCGCUCUGGAAGCAUCUGAUGAAGAAGCCGUUCCUGUGUCUGGUGGCGCCGGGGGGGUUGUUUAAUCCAGUUAGUAGCGGCAGUGGUAAGGAUGCUGAAGGGGGUGGACGCAAUGAUGAUGAAUCAUUCAGGUAUUUCCGGUUGUGUUUUGCACCGAUACCGGAAGGGGAUGUAGGGGCCUCGGCUAAGGGGUUUGUGGAGGGUUGUAGAGAUUUCUGGGCGCGGAGGGAUUUGGAUGAGGAUGAGGAUGAGGAUGAAAAGGGAAGCGGGAGGGGGAAUAGAUGAGGUAGUAGGUUUAGUGGAACCCGUUUUUUGGCUUUCGUGAUAUUUUUGUUUUAUCUGUUUUGCCAUGCCAUGCUAGGGGUUUUUCAUAUCCAUCAGCAUACAUCAAUGAAGGCUGGCGUAUACACCGUUUCAUUGGAUAACUUAAGCCAAUUAUACCCAAUCUCAAUCUAUUUUAUUUGCCUUCAUUAAUGGCGGUAAUUUCGACGACCUUGCGUGCGUUCGGAAUUGAGCCUACAUCGAGUGUAUUUUUAUAUGUAACCUGGGUCAAUAUUUGCCCUGGCGACAAAGUCAACUCGACAUAUCAACACGCAUGAUCAACAUUCUAUGCAUCCCCACCAGGCCACUGUCUCUUGUAGUUAGGUAUUGGUGCUGUGCAUAUGCAGAGAUCCUAAGGUAAAAAAGGUAUCUCCAAUCGGACUGGAGUUGGACAAAACUGCCUCCAGAACCCCGCUAAAAUGUUUAUCCGCAGAAUGCC